CGGAGGUCACGUGCUUAGCCCUGUGUGAGGCAGCCUCCGCAGGUCUGGGGUCUCCGCCCUUUCUUAGACCACAAGCUGAAGUUUCUGAUUCUAUAGUGGAGGAAGUGGAAGACCCCCAGAGGGCGCUCUUGAGGCUCAGGGUGCUGUCCCCUGGGCGUUCAGCUCCCCAAGUCAACAGUUGAGGUUUUCAGAUAAGUAACCAACCACCAAGAAAGCUCUCUGUGACUGCAUAUGGGAUUGUCAUAUACUCCUGAACCUGACCCGAGGCCACCAAUUAUUGCUUAUUUUAUGUGGACAACUUCUCAGAGCCACAGACAGACUGUGUCCUUGGAGGCAGGAUCUCGGCUGCCUAUGUAUCUUCCAUAGUGCAGGUAGUCAUGAAGGCUUGCUGGUUUGAGGGCUGCUGCGUAGUCACUAGAUGGAGGAGAUUGAUAAUGACGAGCCCCAGGACAUACCCAAACCCAAGGAAGAUGGGCAACAGAUGUAGCUCACAGUUUCUGUGUCGUUGGAUGAACAGAACACAAAAGACGCAAUAUACUUAUUCAUCAAACUCCGCCUCCCCCCUUUCGCUAAAAACUGUGCAUUUCCUACUUUUAUGCUGCCUAUAUGUUUGAUUUGCACAGCUCAGCUGGUCAGAGGAGCUGAGACAUCCGUCCCCCUACGAGAACCCUCCUGGGUCGAGCAAAAUGAAUGACCCCACACCGACUCCAUACUAUGACAUUGAUUACGGGAUGUCAGAGCCCUGUCAGAAGACCGACGUGAGAAAGAUCGCAGCCAGGCUCCUUCCUCCGCUCUACUCGCUGGUGUUCGUCUUUGGUUUUGUGGGCAACAUGCUGGUUGUCCUCAUCCUCAUCAACUGCAAAAGGCUGAAGAGCAUGACUGACAUCUACCUGCUCAAUCUGGCCAUCUCUGACCUGCUCUUCCUUCUCACCAUCCCGUUCUGGGCCCAUUACGCCGCGGACCAGUGGGUCUUUGGAAAUAGGCUGUGUCAGAUUUUGACGGGGCUCUACUACAUAGGCUUCUACACGGGCAUCUUCUUCAUCAUCCUCCUGACCAUUGACAGGUACCUGGCGAUCGUCCACGCUGUGUUUGCCGUAAAGGCCAGGACGGUCACCUUUGGGGUGGUGACGAGCGUGGUCACCUGGGUGGUGGCCGUGUUUGCCUCUCUCCCUGGGAUCAUGUUCACCAGAUCCCAGAAAGAGAGGUCUCGCCUGACCUGCAGCCCUCAUUUUCCACCCACUCAGUACCAUUUCUGGAAGAACUUCCUGACAUUAAAGAUGACCAUCUUGGGUCUGGUCCUGCCCCUGCUUGUCAUGGUCGUCUGCUACUCGGCCAUCCUCAAGACCCUGCUUCGGUGCCGAAAUGAAAAGAAGAGGCACAAGGCGGUGAGGCUCAUUUUCGUGAUCGUGAUUGUUUACUUUCUUUUCUGGGCUCCCUACAACAUCGUGCUUCUCCUGAGCACCUUCCAGGGGUCCUUCGGCCUGAAUAAUUGCAGUAGCUCCAACAGGCUGGACCAAGCGAUGCAGGUGACGGAGACCCUUGGGAUGACGCACUGUUGCAUCAACCCCAUCAUCUACGCCUUCGUGGGGGAGAAGUUCAGAAACUACCUCUUAAAGUUCUUCCGAAAGCACAUCGCCAGAUGCUUCUGCAAACACUGCCCCGUUUUCCUGGGAGACGUGUCCGACAGGGCAAGCUCAGUUUACACUCGAUCCACCGGGGAGCAGGAGAUCUCUACCGGCUUAUGACCUGGACUUGUCUUUGUACACAGCCUUGGGGUGGGAGUGGUUCUUUUGUAAAGGAAUGUGCUGUCAUAGAGGGUCUACGAUUCAUCCAUCCAUCUGGCAUCUCUUUUAAAAACAUUAGAUCAUUGGAAGCCAUCACUUCCGGAGAGCCAAAUCAAUAUAUGCUGAUGACAGUGACCUUCCCAUCUCUGUUCUACACACAUCAACUCAUUGGCACACUCUCCCUUCACUGCGGAAGUUCAUUAUUAAAAAAAAAAAAAAAAAAUCCUCGGAGAAUUGCUGAUUCUUGAGUGUGGUUGACCUGAACAGAAACACCAAAAUUAAUCAAGAAACGUAUUGGAUAGUUUCUCACCUUCCGGAGGCAAGAGGGGCAGAUUGCAAACGUGCUUAAAGCAGGUCCUUGUCAUGAUCGGUUAAGAAAGGACGUCUUCCAAGUGCGAUCUGCCCUCCAAGGUGUGGUUGGUAAGAUCCUCAGAUGUUCAGGACCAGGUGAGAACGGGGAGAGCAUCUUCAGUGAGAAGGGGAUCCUCUGCUGGGAGAGGGGAGGGAAGGGGAGCUCCAAGCGGCAGACCCCACACCUGGGGAGAGGCUCGGCGGCAGGGGGAAGCUUGGUGUGGGCUGGGGAAGGCAAGGUGAGCCCGGACCGUGGAGAGUGUGCACAGCACCAGUUGUCAAAGCCAGAGCAGGGAGGGCCCUGGCCACUGUUGCAGUGAGCUCAUUGCAUAGCCAAAGGAUGUUCUGGAAAAGUGAGCAUUUAAGGCAGGGAGGUCAAUGACACGCAGGCGAGGCGAGGGGACAUCUGUGUAGGUCCAGGCACCAGGGAUGGGAAGCGGAGAGUAUUUUCACAGCAUGUAGGCUGCGAGUCAGGAGAACUUGUGAUGGAUUUGGGUUGGAGGUAAGAGGCAGAGGGAAGACAGACAGAACCUCCAGGCAUCAAGCAUGCAGACUGGGGAGAUACCCUGAGGAAGACUUCAAACAUGGGAAGGGGAUGAGGUUUGGGUCAAAAGCAGGAGAGGCUUGUGGAAGAGGAAGAGUCUGGUUUCAUGAUCUUGAACACAGCCUUCUGUAGACAAAACCUGGGCUGUCUCUCCGUGGCUGCUCCUGCCCUGACGGCUGUCCUCCCCAGCCCGGUUUCAACAAUGGGGCAUCUCCGGGAGGCUUGGAAACACUAGACUUAGGAACACGUGAGCUUGAGGUCCAGGACCACAGGAACAUUCAGGUGAGGACUGAUUACAUAGUUAAUGAACCUAUCAAGAAGAGCUUUCUAAGCCCUGAGCUAAGAGACCCUGGGGCAGGAAGAGGAGCCAGAAUGAGUACAUCUCUGCCCUCCCGGGGCCUACCACAGCUUCAACAUUGUCUCCUGGAUUCACCUCUCUGUAGGCAGAGGGCAGAAGGGACAGAUUCAUUUGGAAACAGCCCGCCUCCAGCUUGAUCAGCCGCAGAAAGCACCAUUUCCGGACCUUUGUGUUUCAGGCUGAGUGUGGCGACUUGAGACGCUCCUUCCAGCCGCCUUCUCCAGCGUCCCCGAACACUAAGGGAUCUUUUCAUGUCAGAGAGACAGUCCUGACUGUUCUGAGCUGCAACUUUUAUUACUUUGUACCUGCCUGAGAUGGUUUUGGAUCUGGGGAAUGGCUGAGACCAUUUGGGGAGGGAUCAGGCACGUAAAGGAGUGAGAAUCACUCAAGGGUAAAGGUGUCAGAAUAGUAAGAGGUGCUACGGAUGUUUCUCAAGCUCUGAAAGACGAAACUUGAGAGCAGGGGUGGCAACCGGGAAGCACCCAGAGACACUCUGAAGGUUGUUUCAAGGGCAUCAGUAUCCUAUGACCCUAGCCUCUGGGUCAACUCAAAGACAUUCUGUAUCUUUGUGUACGUAUAUGUAUAUAUCCUGCAUAUCUGAGAAUCUUGUGUCUAUGGAAAGUUACAAACUGCUUGGAAAAAAUCCUUACCCAAUAAAAGCCGCCCUCUAAAAUGA